AUCCAGUCAAGUCUCUUAACAUAAACGCUACAGACGACAUUUAAUGGCGUAUGUGUGUCUUGAAGGGUUGUCCCAUUUAAUAAUGGUGGGGGGUUUCAACCACUACCGCUUGUUCUUUUGUUUGGAGGAACAAGAGGGCUUUUGAAAACGAGAGGCAGGGGUACAAACUGGAAAUGUGAUGAAGCCAAAGUGUGGAUGGCAACAACCCUAACCCUUCCCUCUGUCUCCUCCAUGUAUACCACAAACAUCAGAUGUGAGACACAAAAGUGAUGCAGAAUAACAAGGAACCUGAGGACUUAGGAUGUAUAAAUGUGACUGUUUUUGAUGAUCUUUUUGUAAAGGUUUUAUAUGCUUACAUCCUUUUUGUCUGUUUUUAAGAGUUGCAUGAGCCAAACUCUGUCGACAAGGCAGUAAAGCACUGAAUAUUUCUCAGUCUCUUUCUUCUUCUUCAUUCGUCCAUCCAGCCUCCAUGAAGACAGAUAUGUCAGCCAAUUCCUCCUCCAACUCCUCCCUCCAUCCUCAACUUGGUAACUGCUUCAACUCCAGAAUUAACAUUUACUUCUAUACAGUCAUCUUGAUGAGCUAUAUCCUCAUCUGCCUCCCUCUCUUCAUCUUCGUUCUCUACGUGGGCUACCGACGAUGGAGGAAUCAGCCCUCUGCAGCCACAACAGUGAUGACGAGUCACUCUGACAUAUUCACCUUUAACAUGGUUGUCCUGGAGUUGAUCUGUAUAUUGGGUUAUUGCUUCUUGCUGUACGGCCUCUACACUGGCCAACAAACUGUACUGGUAGUGGGUUUGUACAUCCUCUUCCCCCUCUCAGCUGGACAGACUCUGUUUCACCUCCUCACCUGUGUUGAACGCUACCUGGCUGUUGUUCACCCCAUCACUUACCUGGGGCGGAGACAGUCAGGCGGAGUCAGGAUCAGAAACAUCAGCAUUGGGUGUGGUUGGCUGUUAAGCUUUGGAUCAGUAUGUCUGUUAGUGAUCAAUCCUCAAUUCCUCACCAUCAGUAAUUUACUUUUAUUGGUCGUCUCCUUUGUUGUCAUGUCUUUCUGCAGCCUGUCUGUUCUCUGUGUUCUGAUUCAUCCAGGACCAGGGGAAGUGGGCGGGCAGAGGGAACGGGUUGACCAAUCAAAGCAGAGGGCAUUCUAUACAAUCAUGGUAAUCACAGGAGCACUGUCGUUGAGGUUCAUGACCAACCUGGUUUCCUAUGGAGUGACUUUAUCGUUGUUUAGCCUCAGUGAAAGAUGCAUUGUGUCGUUGGUUUCCACCUGGUCCUCUCUGCCCAGCAGUCUGGUGUUACCUCUGCUGUUUCUCCACCGGGCAGGAAAACUACCAGGAUGUAAACACAACACUGAAUCAGGUUGAGGGUUCAACCAUCGCACCUUGAUACAGU